AUGUCAAACAUUCAGAAGGUCGAAUAUGAGGCACUCACUGUCUCCGGAGAUAACUACCUUAAAUGGGCCCUUGACACCAAGAUCUACCUCAACUCAAAAAGUUUGGGUGAAUGCAUCAAAGAUCCCAACACCGCGACUCAAACAGAACGGUACUCGGCGAUAUUUAUUAUCCGCCAUCACCUCGCUGAGUCUCUCAAGCAACAAUACCUCACUCUUGAGGAUCCACUCGAACUUUGGGUGGCACUGAAAAAGCGAUAUGACCAUCAGAAAACGGUCAUACUGCCCCAAGCCAAGUUCGACUGGAAGAACCUACGGUUCGAAGAUUUCAAAUCCAUCGAAGAAUUCAAUUUCGAACUCUUUCGGAUAGUUGCACUCAUAAAACUAUGUGGCGAGGAGGUCACUGAUAAGGAUAUGCUAGAGAAAACAUUCUCUACUUUUGGCACUCCCAAUGUUGUUCUCCAACAACAAUACCGUGCCAUGAAUCAUAACACCUAUGAGGAUUUGAUAUCUUGCUUACUGCUUGCUGAGAAGAACAAUCAGCUUCUGUUGAGGAACAAUCCUCAGAUCGUGGACGUGGACGUGGAAAUGGACAUGGACUGCGCGGCAGAGGACGCGGUAGACCGAACCAAGAUAACCGACCUAACCUCAGUUUUGGUCGGGGUAAGGGUCGUGGUAUCAACAAACCGACCCAAAGAGGCAGUUCAUCUAGACCAACUCCUUGCUCAAGAUGCGGAAUGA